AUGCCAGUCGUAGAGUUUAAUAAAGAAUCAAAAGACACAGACGAAAAUGUUCUGGAAUUGGCUUUCCAAGAUAAGUAUGAGGUUAAAUUUGAUGGAGAAGAUGAUAAGGAAGAUGCUAAAAGAUUAUCAAUGGCUCAUAAAUGGUUCAUUGUUAUAAUGAUCUCUAUUGGUUCAUUGUGUGUUACAUGCUUGUCAUCGAUUUGGUCAUUGGCAAGUGAAAAUAUCAUGGAUCACUUUCAGAUAAGUCAUGAAGUUAGUGUUUUAGGGAUCUCACUUUUCAUAUGGGCUUUAGGUACUGGAGGAAUUAUUUUAGCACCAAUAUCUGAAUAUUAUGGAAGGAAAAUAACUUAUACAGUAGGGUUAUUCUUGACUUUAGUAUUCAAUUUUCUUCCUGAAUUCAGUGAAAAUAUUGGUGGUGUUUUAUUUGGUAGAUUUAUGUCAGGAUUUUUUGCAUCUUCAUUUAUGGCAGUUGCUUCAGGAACAUUUGCUGAUAUCUUUGAUAAGAAUCAACUAGCUUCUGCCUUAGCAUUAUAUACUGCAUCACCAUUCUUGGGUCCGGGAAUUGGUCCUAUUUUAGCAGGAUUUAUUAACGAAAAUCCCAAAAACUUUAGAUGGACAUUUCAUUGCAUGACUAUUUGGUUAGCAGCUGUUUUGGUUUUAGUGAUUUUCACCGUUCCUGAAACUUAUGAACCAGUGUUAUUAAAAAUGAAAGCUAAAAGAUUAAGGAAAGAAACUGGUGAUAAUAAUUAUUAUUGCCCUCUUGAAAAAAAGAACCAAACUUUGAUGCAAUCAAUUAAGCUCAAUUCAUCAAGACCAUUUGGUUUGUUAUUUAAGGAUAAGAUGACCAUUAUCUUGUGUUUUUACACAGGGUUUGAGUUGGCUAUAGUUUACCUCUUCUUUGUUGCAUUUCCAUACAUUUUCGAAACAGUUUAUGAAUUUAAAUUAUAUCAAGUUGGAUUAGCAUACUUGGGAUUGAUUGUUGGUUUACUCAUAGGUUCUGUUGUAAGUCCCAUCGUGAGCACUAGAUCAAUGAAUCGUUUAGCUGAAAAAAAUGGUGGACGUAUAAUUCCGGAAUUCAGAUUUUUUAGUGUCAAAGUCGGAAUAUUCAUCACCCCUAUUGGAUUGUUCAUACUCGGAUGGACAUCUUAUUCACACGUUCAUUGGAUUGGACCAAUUAUUGGAUCAGCAAUAUUCGGAUUUGGAACCGUUUUCGUUUUCAACGGGAUUUUUGGUUAUACGGUAGAUGCUUACAGAUUGUAUGCCGCAUCAGCGAUGGGAUGUAAUUCAUUUGUUCGUUCAAUUAUGUCAGGAGUGUUUCCCCUUUUUGGAGUUCAAAUGUUUUCAGGUAUGGGGAUUCAUUGGGCUUGUACAUUUUUAGCUCUUUUCUCAUGUAUAUUGAUACCCGUUGCCUUUUUAUUCUCAAAAUAUGGAGAAUCAUUACGUAAACUGAGUCCAUAUGCUUGGGCUUGA